AUGGCCGGCCGCUAUGAACGGGUCGAGACACACGACCAGGACGACAUCGAUACUCCCAUCUCCUCUGUUGCUCCCUCUGUGCGACAAAGGAUACCCAACUCACCGCCGCCAUCAUUUCAUUCUCGCGCCUCUUCCCUCGAGCGGAGGCGGCAGCAGAAUGUUGAUGCUACCCUAGCCGACGCAUUUGACGCCGAUGGCGAUGACAGCGAUGAUGACGAACCCGAUGACAGACAGCGCCUAGUACGCCAGAGCUCCUUUCCAGUAUCAGGCGGAUUGGCGACAUCAAAUGGAUCGAGUGCCGACAGGCCAAAUGCACCCGUGCGACCAUCGGCAGCACCAGGUGGAAGCAAUGCACAGUCUUCGUCGAGAAUCUAUGGUGGAGGUAUACAGUCAGAUGGUGUCUUUUCCAACAUGACGGCAAGGCCAGAGAGAGGCGAAAAGAUUGUCGAGGAACAACCUCCGACGUACGAGCAAGCAGCUGCUGAUGCCGCACCGCCCUAUUGGGAGACGACAAUUCUGGCUCCUGGACUGGGGGGACCUGACGAGGUGUACAUUGAUGGAAUGCCCGUCGGAUCAAUUUUCAGCUUUAUUUGGAACGGCAUGAUCUCCAUGUCGUUUCAACUCGUCGGAUUCCUUCUCACAUAUCUGCUGCACUCGACACACGCUGCGAAAAAUGGCUCACGUGCCGGCUUGGGCAUCACUCUCAUUCAGUACGGUUUCUACAUGAAGGGCAGCUCGAGCUCCGACGGCAUGAAUAGUUCUCCAAACGACGGAUAUGCUCAGCCUCCGGACCCGAACAGCCACGACUUCGACCCAAACAGUGUCAACUCGGGCGACGACAGCGGAAGUGCACUAAACGACAUUGCAAGCUCCGAAUGGGUUGCCUACAUUUUGAUGAUUGUUGGAUGGUUUAUCUUGAUUCGUUCCGUAAGCGACUAUAUCAAGGCGAGACGCCACGAGCAGCUUGUCUUGCAGGGCCCCGACCGCUCUGCCGGAUUCCCGAUUAUCGUGGAUAGCGAGGAGUCUGGAAGGGUCGUAUGA